AUGGCUAUUAACGGCGUAGGAGAUGUGAUCGCUUUGGUUCAGAUUACGGCACAGGCAGCGAAAACACUACAUGCCGCCACACAUGCCCCGAGCGAGAUCAGGCGCUUUAUCCGGGAGACAGACCGAUACCAAUCAUGCGUGGAAGUAGCUGCCAGCAGGCUUCGCCGGCAUGGUGCGAUUCUCAAAGACCACGCCGACGUGAAGAGCAACAUUCAGGGUAUGCUCGAACAAUGUGCAGAGACGACCAGGAAAUUGAAAAAGAUCGCAACAAAGUAUGAGCACAUCGUGAACAAGAAGGGAAGUCCCACUGGAGCAGACGCCGCCUGGAAUCAAUGGAUCGAAGCUUUCAAGACUGUCUACCACACGAUCGAAUGGACCACGAAAGAUACUGUGGUCGAGAACCUUCGGGGAGAGCUGGCGCAACAUAUUCAGGUGCUCACCUGGCUGGAGAACGGACUGCUCUCUGAACAGGUUGGUCAGCUUUCAGUCCAAGUCAGCGACAUGAAAGAUAUGCUCGCGUUUGCCAUGGCAACCCCGUCUCCAAGCCCGAUGUCGAGUCCUUUUGGUCUAUCUCCUAAUCCAACGUCACCGUCGAUCACGGCAAGGGGAUCUGGAAGCCAGGCCAGCUCUCCGGAACUUUCGGCGAAUACACAACCUCAAUCCAUGGCUCCUCUGCUGCUGCCAAGUCCGACAUUCGACCUUGAUGGUUGCGAAUUUGGAGAGGACAUUGAUGACCAGUUGACACUGCCGGAGAGUUUCCCGGGCGUCACUCCUGGUGAUCAAUACCGCCACGUCAAGCUUGCGUCCAUCAAAGAACAGAAAGAAUUCGUUGAUAAGCUGACUUCUCGUGCUAGCUUUACUGAAAUACGUGUUGAGUCAGUUAACUUUGUCUGGCGAAAGCCCGGGGCGGCGGACGGAGUUCUGAUAGAGGCCAGUGAUUCGGGGAGAGUGUUGCUCAUCAAGAAUGGCGCUGCUGUGGAGGAUAUUUGGACCUUGAACGACAAGAGAACCAUACGCUUCAGGCAGCGAGUGCCCACCUGGGAAUACAUCAUCCCUUACUCAAUUAACGGCGACGAACUCACGGCUGUGGUGGAACAAGGGGAAGGUCUGACCUUCUUCACCAUCGAACAGGGUCAACGGGGGGACCAUCCAAGAAUACCGACCACUUGGGUCCAAUACAAGUUCCGGAGUGUCCCUGACUGUGAAAAGUUCCAGGAGAUAGUUUACGGGUCUAGCCUUCGGCUUCUGGUACCUGUGACUGAGAUCUGUCGACCCCAUCGAGGCCGAGACGACGAUCGCCUCGUUGGCCUCGAGAACGUGCGGGUCUGGGAGAUGGGGUCGGAGAUGCGGUUCAUGGUACAUUUGAUCCAGGAAAGAGGGAAGCGGCGGAAGAAGUACAUGGAAUUUAACCUGUGUCAAGACAGCAUCAAGAUUGAGAGCAAGGGGACAGGUCGGAAAUCCACUCUCUUGUUGACGGGUAUGCAUGCCCAGAUCGAUGAGAUGGAAGCCGGGCGAAGAGCAUCCACGUCGACCUCGACCUCGGACUCGACCCUGGGGUCAACCAAAUCGCUGACUCGUCGGUUCUCUUGGGAUCGAAGUCUCCCUUACCUGGACAAGGCGGAGAUUUAUUUCAGCCAUCAAGAAGGUGGGCUCAAAUGCGGAGCCGUUCUUGCAUGGUUCAAACCGCUGACCAGCGUGUCACUAGACCGUGAUAAUCUCCUUCAUCUUGCUCUCAGCUGUCGACCGAACAGGAAAAAAAGCGGAUGA